CAAUUUGACAGUUUUUAGCUGUCUAAAAAUACUUGAUGAUAUUUCGUUUAGGAGCAAUUUAAAGUUAUCAAAGUAUUUUGUAGAACGAAUUACGUUUGAUGCUCUUUAAUUAUAAAAGCGUACUAUAUUAGUGAAGUUUGUGGGAUCGAUCGGCUUUUCAUCAGGAGUGAAAGAGAAGGUUGUGUCGAAAAAAAACACCACAAUGGCGAACCAAACCGGUGUUGUGGUUCCACGAAACUUUCGCUUGCUUGAAGAGCUCGAACAGGGUCAGAAAGGUGUAGGGGAUGGAACUAUAUCUUGGGGUCUCGAAAAUGAUGAUGAUAUGACUCUAACGCAUUGGACUGGAAUGAUAAUCGGACCUCCAAGGACACCAUACGAAAAUAGGAUAUAUUCCUUAAAAAUUGAAUGCGGAGAACGUUACCCAGAUGAACCGCCGACUCUUAGAUUUUUAUCAAAAGUUAAUAUCAAUUGCAUCAAUCAGAGUAAUGGUGUAGUUGAUACUAGAUUAGUACCAAUGUUAGCACGCUGGAAUCGGGAAUAUACAAUAAAAUCUAUGCUUCAGGAAAUUCGUAGGAUUAUGACACUCAAAGAAAAUUUAAAGUUGGCGCAACCACCAGAGGGGAGCUGUUUUUAGUGAGCGUAACAUCGCGGGUUCCUUCAAAAUUUAACGAAAUAAAAUUUUACAUCUUAUUUAAAAAAAGAAUCGCAUUAAACGAAAAGCAAAUAAACAAAUGAGUUGAAAAAAGUUUUAUGUAACAAUAAAGUAAAAGGGAAGAUUAAAUUAAAAUACACAUUUAAAACCAUGGAGCAUUAAAAAAGUUUAUAAAUAAAUUAAUAAAUUAACAUAAUUAUUAAUA